AUGGCCACCCGUUUCUCUCUCAUCCUCACAACCCUCCUCAAUCUCCUCGUCGCCACCGCGGCCCAAAUUGCCUACAACCCGCAGACCAACUCAGUCCUCUGCUCCAAAACCGGCGGUAGCUACUGCGUCUAUGGCUCCCUUGCGGGCUCCACCCUCGUCUCCUGUGUCUCCAAGGAUACGGUAGAGAUCCGUUCUUGCAAUAUUAUGUAUAUUUCUCACUUCACCUCACCGACAAACCUGUCAAGCAUCCUCCCUGAAGGCUAUGAGCAGCAUGCUACCUGCUACGAACCCUCCCCGAUGGCCGGCGACGCUCUCUGCGCCUUCAACGGCACCGGAUACCCUCUGUCCGCAGACAGCAGCACCAUUCUCUCCAAGGCCACAAUCGCUAUCCCGCAGUCCAUCCUCUGCACCGAAGAAGACCUGUGGUUCUACUACCAUCCCUUGUCCGCAGGAGGGGGGGAUACUCAAGGACCAGACCAACAGCAGCAACCCCACACAGAGCCCAAACCAGCCACUCCUUCCCCUCCCCUGAUUACCCUAACCCUCACCCUCACCUCCCGAUCCGCGUACCCGUCUGCAGAUAUCCCAGUCUCGGUCUCAGUGUCAGUGUCAGUGUCAGUGUCAGUGUGCUCCUCCCACCCCCUCCUCCUCCACAGAAGACAGCCCGAGCAGACAAGAACCCACACACACAUCCAGACGCGCAUCUGCUCGAACCCAUCCCCCGUCUCUCCGUCCCUGCAGUGGCUGUUUCCGACGCCGCUUGGGGGCGUGGAUGUUCUUUCUUUGAGUACAGCUAUGGGCACGGGUAUCAUGACUGAGGUUGUUACUGCUAUGGCUACUGCUAGUGCCACUGCUAGUGCCACUGCUACUGCCACUGCUACAGCUGGAAUCACUACUUUCACCGGCAUAACCACCAUAACUAUCACCAGUAGCAGCAGCAGCACCGAUAGUAGUAGCACUACGACUACCACUACUACCACUACCACCGGAAUGACUACCCAUACCAAACCCAGACCCCUCUCAACCUACACCUCAACCAUCUACCUCAGUCGCACGCGGAGCUUCAUCACCACCACCACCACCACCACCACCACCACCACCACCACCACCACCCCGACAACACCACCACCACCAUCGCGCUAGCGAUGACCCCAGCGCCGAAUACCUCCUCCAGCGAGGAGUCGGAGUCGUGGGACGUGAGGGUCGGGGUGUCGGGGUGGAGUCUGGUGUGUGUGCUUUUGGGAAUGGGCGUCUUUAUUAUCGGAUAAAUCGAUUGUUCUUUUCUUUUCUUUUUUUUUGAUGGUGUCAGUGUCAGCUGAGGUGGGAUGGGUGGCUGGUUUUCUUUUCUUUUGUGGGUUGGGUUGGGUUUGUAGGAGGAGUAUGAUGGUAUGUAAGUAUCUGCGCUGGAUGAUGACUAUCUAUUUAUCUAUCUACCGACCCAGGUUGAUUUUUGUUGGUGUCUAUCUAUCUACACUU